AACACCACUUUCCAAGUCUGACCACGAUCGGAUGUCUUUUUUUUUCAUCACCAUGCAUGGCCAGGGGAAGCAUUUUGUAUGGCGACCUUAUCCAUGGGUUGACUGGUAGUCUUGGUAUGGAUCAUGGAUAAUCGGAGGACAAGGUAAAAGAAACUUUUUUGUCCAGAUUGAAGGGCCUUUCUGCAAGAUUUAUGCCCCUCAGCCAGUUAAAUUAUCGAAUUGUUGGAUGCACUGCAUUGUUCCAAGUACGUACUUUCGUUUAUGUGCCCCCCUCAUUUAUACGAUGAGAAAGUACCGUGUACCCAUCCAUCAGGAACCCCCCCUCAAACUCAUAAUUGACUGUUUCCAGAUGGAGCAUUGAUCAACCAGGCUGUUUUCCUCGCUGACUGGCUCAGACAAAUCUGGUGUGGCUCGAAAUGUCACUUUUAGAUCCUUCCUUCCUGUUUAUCAAAAAUAUCUACCGAAUCCUGACUUCCUUUUUCAACCACAGCCUUUCUCGACUUUGAACUGGAUCCCGAACCAAUCCGACUUCCUGUGGCUUCAUUUUUUGUCGAUAACUUUCUUUAAAUUCAUACCCCAAGACUUGCGCUUCAGCAUUGCUUGAUCGGCUCGACGCUCAUUUUUGGAUACAAUAGGUUGGUGAUAGGAUCCCGAUUCUGAAACGACCAAAGAGUGCCUACAAACUUCCAAAGCUUCCUUCCACAUACCAUACUCUCCACUUCCCUCGUCAAAAUAUAUACAAGUAUCCCGACCUUUCAACUUGUACCUGCAGAGACCGGCUUCUCCCACAACAAGGCAGGUUGAAGAAGAGAACGUUUGAGGUCAACGUACCGGGGUCAAUACAUAUUCCAAUCGACUCGCAAAAGUUAUCGACGUUAUCAGGGCAGGAGAGAAGGCGAUUCAGGGAAGUCUUCACAUCGCAUGAAGGAUCCACUCAGGCUUGCGAAACAUCAAAUGUAUGUGAAUGAUUUCAACAUAGCCGAUGAUUACUUGUAUUGUGCCAUGUUGAAAUUUUUUUGGGCUUUUGCUUUAUUUGUGACGGCGUCGUUGAAGGGGAUCAUCCCAAUGCUAUCAUUACUUUGUCAAUUGAACACUGAGGCAUAUUUCUAUAUGAGUUUUUGUGGCAGCCAAAAGUCCGUGGUAGUUGAUAGCGAGACCACCGGUAUCGUGUGUCUCACCCUAUGGCCACUCUUCGUCUCCAGUCAAUCUUUUGAUACUGGCUCUAUUGUGCUCUUACUUUCAUUGCGCGCAAGCCGUUUGUCGCUGGCGAUAGUUACUAAUUGAUUGUGCUUGCGCAGUUUACACUUUGAGGGACCCUCGACUUCACAAACCGCCUUGAUUGGCUUCUUUCAUUCACUACAUACGAAUCGUCUUCGAUCCGGAUAUGCGAAAGUACACUUCGGUCCAAUAGACAUUCAAUUCUUCUUAUUUUCCCAUUCGGCUCCUAGUGAACCGAAAUUACGUUCUUUAGCAAUUUUAUAUUCUAACCUUAAGGCUCGCCGUCAACAUCUUUCAAAAAAUUCGAUCCUUAUUUUCAGUCCCUGGUUUAAAAUUUAUUGUGGCGUGGAAUAUCCUAGGAAAAAGUAUUCGUCACUUUCGGGGUCUUGGAAGAAGGACCCAUACGACUGCGGAAAUAAAUAAUCUAGACGGAACGGCUUCAUGCAGAUACAAACGAAAUAAUACACGGAAGGACCCGGAUGAUUGGAUAUUGGUUUCGAAACUGCGGAUACCUGAGUUUGAUUUCACUAUUGGUAGUACGAAAGACCUGAUAUUUGUAUCAGAUGAGUCAACAACAACCAUGGGAUGCGCCAAGUAGAGGUGGAUCAGUGAAGAGGGCAAGAGAAAGAGCAGCAGCAGGUAAACCUACCGAACCGAUACCUACACCAAGGCCUUACGAUCCUACAUCAACGAGCAAUGUUCCGAGUCCGCCCAGAGCAAGACUUCAAGGCUCACCAGGAAUGACGAAAAACGAUGCCCAAAGUACUGUCGGUCUCGCGAUUUCUCGACCUACUCGAGUAGCACAAUGGCCGUUGAUGGGAACAAACCCUGGCCCAGAACCUCAACAAUAUCAACCUCCUCCUAAUCGUGGCCCACCUCCUCAAAGACCACCAAGACCUAGUCAUGUACCUUCAAUCCUUGAUUCGUCUAGAAUACAAGAUAUUACCCCAACAUUUCAAUACCAACCACAACAACUUCCGCAGCCACAAGAUUUCUUUGCCCAACCACAAACUCGUGGCUUACCACAAAAUCAAGAUGAUAGUUUUGAUCGCAACUAUCAACCACUACAGUCUCCUCCACUAACAUCAUCGUCACGCCAAUCUACCGUUUCAUCGGUCGGUACGAUACCUGACUUUCCUGUUCCAAUACCAGCUUUUCCACCGUCGGCAAGGAGAAGUACUAAUUUAGGACCACCACCAACUGCCAGAAGAGGUGCUUCAUCAUAUUAUUCACAAAUUUCUUAUGUAUCCCCAAUUCCAGAGGUAUCUGAGGGCAUGGGUCUCAGUCCACGAACACUUCCAGGCUCACAUAGUUCAUAUGCAUCGAGUGCAGCUAUACCUUCAAGUUGGGGACCAGAAUCGCCCGGCUUUUAUCGAUCGGAUGAGGAUGAGGAUGAUUAUGAAGAUGAUAGGAGGUUCGAUACAGUAUCGGAAGGUCGAGAAUCUAGAGCAUCAGAUGAUAACGACGAUCGAGGAUUGAUCAGAAGUGCUAGCAUUGGCAAACGAGCAAGACCCUCUAUGAUCGUAACACGAUCCUCAGGUCAAAUCGACCCUGCACGACUCGCUGCAAUACCUACGCCAACAUCGGAUACCAGGAGAUUAUACCCAACACCGUUACAACAAUCGACAUUAAGUCCGGUAGAAGCUCAAAGAUCAACACAAUGGCCGAUGCCUGGGGAUCUGAAUUCACCUUUAGCAAAUGGUACUGGACUCCUUGAUCCUACUCCAUCAAAUUCUGACGAAUCAGUUCCAACAAUUGCCAUGGCGCUAACCACUGAUCUGCCUUCGCGAGAUGGAACAAGGAGCCCGAACGCAAGUGCUAUGCUCGGAGCAUAUCAAGCAGCAAGUGCUUUACCUAGUGACUCGAGCAAAUCGUCUUCUGCAAAUGAUGGCCAACCUUUUAGUAGGCUAUCGGCAUUACGUCGACCACCACGUCUUAAUAUUGAUGCAGUAAGAGAGGCAGAAUCUAGAGGUAGCUUGACAAGUUUACCAGACUUGAUUAGAAGAGCAACGAGAUUAGCAUCGAUGAUUGAUCGUGGCAAAAGACCAGCAAGUCGGAUGGGUUUGGACGAUUUUCCCAGCGACAGAGAUUUUCCAAGCGAGAAAGAAAUUGAACGUGAGUGUGGUUGAUAUUUCUUUUAGAUUGCAAUCUCUAACAUAUAACAGUUUCACCUAAUUUUGAGAGACGAGGUUCUACUCUUUCCGGGAUGUUAUCGGCCUUUCCGCCGCCUGGUCGUGAAACGCCUGCUCGCGAUACUCCACGACCUUUAUCGACCUGGCCAGAAUACGAUUCAAAUGAUCCAAAACAUGUCACAAAUGCAAGAAGGCAAAGGAAGUGUUGCGGUCUGCCUUGUUGGGGUUUCGUCCUCGUUAUUAUAAUCUUACUAAUAAUAAUUGCGACCGCCGUUGUCGUACCUCUCAAAUUUCUCGUAAUUGACAAACACAAAACAAAUACCACCGCAACCGCCACUCCAGUACAAAUCUGCGCUGCAGAUAGCUCAACUGCUUGUAAAAACGGGGGAACUUCUUACUUCGAUAAUGGUGUUUGUUCCUGCAUAUGCACAAAUGGAUUCACAGGCAGUAUAUGUACAGUUGCAGGAUCUACAGGUUGUACCACCACGUCAUCAGGCACUGCCAAAAACAUGACCAUUGGCGACUCUAUACCUCGACUAAUUUCGGCUGCUCAAACCAAUUUUUCGAUCCCUUUAUUCGAGAAUACUAUUCUGGCGAGAUUUAACGCCGGGGACUUGAGUUGUGCGUCGGAAAAUUCGCUGGUCACUUUUGAUGGAAGCGAUGAAAGAAUGGGAGAUGCGAGUGCUGAAGUGACGCUUUCUACGGCCAAUAAGGUAAAAAGGAAUGCACAGCCAGAUCCUACGAAGGCCAAGAUCCGCGCCCUUGCAAAUUCAGAUGCAACUUAUAUCUACACUGAUGUCAACCCAGCGGACUCUACGUCACAGUCUGUGUCCACUUCAGCUGUUUCCGCCGCAUCAACCUCUGUUGCACCGCCUUCCACUACUUCAUCUCCGAGCACCACGAAGACCACACCCGCAACCCUAACAACCUCUACAAUCGACCCAACGGCUGUCUUUUCCGUUACUCAGGAAGUUCUAGACUUUGCUAGAGUCACAGUACUUUUUGUUUUGCAACAGGAAAACUUAGAUAAUGCAAUUACAGCACAAACACAGCUUCAAAAAUUCUUCAAUCAAGAAAGCUUCGAGAACUUAGCUGCCAUGAAUAUCUCGAUGGGAGGUGGAAACACCGUUAAUUUGGUGGAAUGUAAAGUAGAUUUGGGGAAUGGAACGAUUGGCCAGAAAAACAGCGUCACGAGGUGAUUUUGUUUGAAUGGUUGAUAGAUUAUGGGGAACAGGAAGGAAGGAUGAAAUGGAGUAAAUAAUGGGAGUAAAGGUAAUCCAGGUUUAGAAGGGAAGGAAUGAAAUGAAUUUUGUAUAUCACUGUAGCGAUUAGUAAGUGCUCUGCUUUUAUGGAUACCAAAAACGCUGAGACAUUAUGGGUGGUAAUGAUGGAAUUGUAAUUGUACAUAGAAUCGGACAUCUUUUUUUCGGAGUUCUUUCAACUCUUUUUUGUUGUUCUUGCUUGUAUGAUGGAAUGAAUGUCCCUUGUAGGGCAGCAGAAGCGGUUUAUUUUGGACUUUUAUUUAGAUGGAGAGUGCGCCUUGCCGUAAUUUUAUAAGAAUUGGAUUUGAUAGAAGGUUUAUGGUGGGUGGUGUUUUGUGAGUGGUUGCGAUCUGAAGGUGGGGUUUUUGUGUUUUGUUUUAGGGUUGUAGGUUUGUUGGGUUUGUUGAUGGUGGUGGUGGGUUGUGUAUGUCGUAUAUGUAUGUUGUGGGGAGAGCGAGUUUG